AGCAUUCGCCACAGGGCAAUUUCUCUUUCAAUCUCAAUUUCUCAGCGGGAGAAAUCGCCUAGAUGUGGUCCGAUUCCUCGCUGUAAUGGCGGAAAAGGACUUUCUACCGUUGACACAGAAUGUUGUUCGUGGAUUGAAUGAUAAGCUUUACGAAAAACGUAAAACAGCGGCUUUGGAAAUUGAGCGAAUGGUAAAAGAAUUUGUGGCUAGUAACGACGUGAGGCAAAUAAAACGACUGACUGCUGUGCUCGCUGACGAAUUUGCAGUUUCACACAAUAAUCACUCGAGAAAAGGAGGUCUUAUUGGACUCGCUGCCACAGCUAUAGCUCUGGGAAAGGAUGCUGGUCUAUAUUUGAAAAGUCUUAUUCCACCAGUGUUAACCUGUUUCUAUGAUCAAGACAGUAGAGUUCGUUACUAUGCCUGCGAGGCACUUUAUAACAUUGCCAAGGUUGCAAGAGGCUCAGUGUUACCAUUCUUUAAUGAUGUAUUUGAUGGGCUAAGCAAGCUUGCUGCUGAUCCUGAUAUGAAUGUAAAAAAUGGAGCUGAGCUACUUGACAGAUUGGUCAAGGAUAUUGUGACAGAAAGUUCCUCAUUUGACCUAGUUUCCUUCAUUCCACUGUUGAGAGACAGAAUUUACACAGCCAACCCAUUUGCAAAACAAUUCCUGGUCUCCUGGUUAAUGGUGCUUGAUGCAGUACCAGAUUUGGAUCUAAUUACACACCUUCCAGAGUUCCUUGAUGGUCUCUUCAAUAUUUUCAAGGACCGCAAUCCUGAGAUAAGGAAAAUGUGUGAAACAGCACUUGGUGAGUUCCUGAGAGGAAUCAAGAGAGAAACCAAGAACAUCAAUUUUGCUGACAUGGUCAAUAUUUUGGUUAUUCACUCACAGUCAGAGGAUGAGGUCAUACAAUUUACUGCUAUCACUUGGCUAAGGGAGUUCAUCACACUAUCAGGACGGACUAUGCUGCCCUUUAAUGCAGGAAUUUUAAAAGCAAUAUUACCUUGUAUGGCAUAUGAUCAAGAUAAACAGAAUAUCAAAGAGGUGGCCAAGACAGUCAAUCAAAGCCUAAUGCGACUAAUUACAGAAGAUGAUGAUAAGGAUGUUGAUAGUGACACUGUGUCUAUGGAUUGUGACAAUGAUUUUGUACAGCCACAAACUCAAACUCAGCUGGAUCUUGGCCCUGUAGUAGAUGUGCUAACAGUGCAGCUAUCACAUAAGUCUAUACAAACCAGGAUAGCUGUUUUACGAUGGGUGUUAUUGCUUCACAUGAAGACACCAAACAAGAUAUUUGGUCAAAUUGAGCAGCUUUUCCCAGAACUUUUGAAGACAUUGUCAGAUCCAUCAGAUGAGGUUGUUCUUCUUGUCCUAGAAGCACUUGCAGAGAUCUCAGCCUCUCCAGCUGGUCCUCCAAGGAACAGUCCCUCUCAAAGCAUGUCUGAAGGUAGCUUGCCAGGCUCAGAAUUUCUUUCUGAAAACCCUUCAAAGCCAACAUCCUCUAGAAAUUUCCUUGACUUAAUUUUUACCAGUGGACAUCUUGAGGUAAAUGUUGAGUUUCUUAUUCAGAUUGAUAAAUUGGUUCAACUUAUAGAGUCUCCAAUAUUCACAUAUUUACGUCUCCAGCUUUUGGACACACAAAAAAAUCAUUUUCUUUUGAAGUCCUUGUAUGGCUUGCUGAUGCUCCUUCCACAAAGUGAUGCUUUUACAACCUUAAGAAACAGAUUAGACUGUGUACCAAAUGGAAGAGCACUGCCAUCUGGCAUAAGUGAUACUCAUGGUGCACAUGACUUCCCAUUGCGUGAACAUGUUCAAAGAAUAAAUUUCAAGGAACUCUUACACCAGUUCAAGACCGUACAACAAAAACAUUUUAUAAACAAACAUUCUCGCUCUCCACACUUGGCUAAGAAUUUGUUGAAUGUGUAGAUACCUUUUCAGGGUUUAUAUAAUAACAUAUAAAAAAGUACAAAUUUUAUUUUGAAGGUAUUUCAAGUGUAAAAUAAUGUCAUUAGUUUAUAAAGAUUGUUGACUGCCAGCUCAGUUGGAUCAAAAAUUAUUAAAAAGAUGAUCUUUGUUUUAAGAA